AAUUUGUGAAAUUUUAGAAAAUACUUGGAUCGUUUGAAACGAAGUUUGACUUUUAAAUUGUUAGGGUAUUUUGUUGGUAAUUUUCAGCGCAUAUGUUGGUAUUUAAUUUUUUAAAACUGCAGGGGCAAACUUGUUCCAACCCUCGUGAUUCAUGUCUUCCUUCCUCUGCAAUCUUUUUUGUACUAAAUUCGACGCUCUCCUUUUACUCUUCUGCCUAUAUAUGCAAAUUCAAACCAACUGCCCAUUUCUAACCGUUUGAAGCCCAAUGGAAAGAGGAGAAUGUUCUACUCCUGUGUCCAACCCCUCCGACAAUGGUGAUGAUAUCUGGGCCAAACUUGUACCUUCAAAUUCGCAGUGCUCGGACAUUGGAUUGACGUCAAGUGAGACACUAAUAUGCUCUGAGAUCAACAUCUCAUCAUCUGCAAAGUCUGAGUGGUGUAAAAUUAUAAGAAAUAUGGAUCUGGCUUCUGCCACAAUACAGAACAAGAGUGAAAACGAAAUCAUUGUGGAUGAGAUGGUUGUUUCUGGUGAAGAAACUGCGGUUAUCAGAUGUGGCAGUGAGAUUAUCCCUUGUUCUGAUAGUGAAGGAAAAGGGCUUUUGAGUUAUAGAUUUAAAGUAAUGCCUACCUCCGAACCAUUCAAGAGAGACCUGAAGAUUUUCCUGGAUCCUGAGCAUGCAAAGUGCUGCAUUUGUCUUAAUGUUUGGCAUGAUGUUGUGACAGUUGCGCCCUGCCUUCACAACUUCUGCAAUGGAUGUUUCUCAGAGUGGCUAAGAAGGUCCCAAAAGAAACAUUCAAAUGUUUUAUGUCCUCAAUGUAGAGCAGUUGUACAAUUUGUCGGAAGGAAUCAUUUUCUACACAGUAUUGAGGAGGAUGUAUUAAAAGCAGAUGAUUCGCUGAAGCGGUCAGUUGAAGAAAUUGCUGUCUUAGAUUCAUAUGCAUCAAUUAAGUCCCCUCUGGUCUUGAACGCUGGGAAAAAAAAUCGUCGGAAGAGACUGCGUUCUCCACCAGAAGAUUUUCCUCGAGAAGCUGAAAGCGAUUUGGAGCUUCCAUGCCCUCAGUGUGGCACUGAAUUUGCUGGGUUUCGGUGCAACCAAAGUACAGUUCACCUUCAAUGUCAUUCAUGUGGUGGAAUGAUGCCUUCCAGAACGAGUGCUGUCCCACAACACUGUUUGGGAUGUGAUAGAGCAUUUUGUGGUGCUUACUGGAAUGCUCAGGGUGUUGCUAGGAGUGAUUCUCAUCCAAUGUGCAGUUCUGAGACUUUCAAACCAAUCAUUGAACGUACAACCACUAGAUUGCCGUUUUGGGUACAUGAGAAAAACCGGCAUGAGCAAGAUAUAACGGAGAGUUGUAUCAGGCAGAUGGGAAGAUCAUUACAGGACGUGAUCUCUGAGUGGCUGACAAAGAUGAACAACCGAGAAAUAGCAGAUCGAACAAGGAUGCCGCUAAAUCAUGCUGAGACGAUUACUUCUCAGGCGCAUACUUGCGUUGAUUGCUAUGACAAAUUAGUCUCGUUCCUGCUGUACUGGUUUCGGAUCACAAUGCCAAAACAUUUUCUAUCCCCAGAAGCUUCUCAAAGGGAGGACUGCUGGUACGGCUAUGCAUGUAGGACGCAGCAUCACAAUGAAGAGCACGCUCGCAAGAGAAAUCAUGUCUGCCGUCCAACAAGGGGCAGUCACAGAUGAAUAUGUCAUGUUUCAAACUCUACUUCAUGUUUUGCCAUCUUAGACGCUAGAAAUGUAUAUAUUACAAUGUUUUGCUGCUUCUUUUUCUUUCUCGACCUGUUAUUGCCAUAUUUAUGAUUCAUUUGUAGCAGUUAUUCGCAAGGCUUAAGAGAAAAUAAGCAAAAAUAGCUGUUGAAA